AUGAUCUCCAACACAUUCUCGUGGACAGCUCGCACUGGGCUGGAGCUUGAUAGCGCCCUACGUACCUCGAUGGCUCGUUUCUGGUAUGGUCGUUCCCGACUGCAAUUCUAUGCUGGUGUUGUACUGGCUUGUCUACCCGCCCUCCUUUCCAUCGCAAACCUCGCCUUGUCCAUACUGAAGGCUAAUAGCGCCGAGUAUGGUUUCAAUGAACCUCGGACGUAUUCAUACAUCGACGACGACUAUCCUGAGUACUACCCUCUCGAGGAACACUUAGUAGCACUGGCCGUCGAAGAGACGGGUCAUUACCCUAUACACGGUGUAGAUGCGAAGGAAGAAUGGGCGUCGAGCUCAGUUGCAGGUUUUGGUUAUUUGAGGCUCGGGGAAGAGCAUCGGACAUUUGCCAUAGGCAUGUCUCACGAAGCACACUGCCUACGCAUUCUCCGUGUUCUACUCGAAGGAAAUUUGACCUUGGAGCCGGCAGAUGCUCUUUGGAGAUCCCACGAUGUCGAACGCUCUGGAGGCACGCACACCUGUCUAGACUGGAGGCUCGUUUAUGAAGCCAUGGCCCAAAAUUGGGAGGAGUGGGUACGGGUGCGAGAUGAUGACUUCGACACUCACAGCGCAGUUGAGCUGUCGCCCCCUGCAGGAGGUAUCAGGGGAAAGGAGACGAGAGUAUCUAUCGAGAGUAAAGUUAUCACAAGUUUCACCGCUUCAUGCGUUGGUGGUCGUCUAGGCCGCACAUUCUAG